AUGCUGGAUGAUGGCGAUGAUGAUGAUGAUGAGGUAAAUUUUGAGGACGAUGACGAUGAUGAGUUUAAUCUGGCUGAAAUUGUGUGUGAUCCCGCUCAUAGGCAACUAAUUGCUGAUUAUCAUCCGAAUAUUCAAGAUCAGGUGAGAAGAGCACACAUAUUGAAGGGUCCAACCCGACCAACUGUCAAAUUUGAUCGCAAAAAAAUUGGUAGCAAGAACCGUGCAUUUUCUAAAAAUUGGUAUAAGAAUUAUGAGUGGUUAGAAUAUAGUGUGUCCGAGCAAGCUGCAUUUUGUUUCUAUUGCUUUCUUUUUAAGCAACCAGGAAGUAGUACACAUUUUGGUUAUGAUGUCUUCACCAAAAAUGGAUUCAGGGAUUGGAAGCAUGCAUAUCAGGCAUUGCCUGCUCAUGUUGGUGGGGUAAAUAGUGCACACAAAAAGGCAAGAUUACAUUAUGAUGAUUUUCAUAAUCAAAGGCAAAGUGUGUCUAGUAACUUUGCUAGGUCAUCCAAGGAGUCUGAAGUACUUUACAAAAUUCGGUUGCACACUUCUCUGGGUUGUGCAAGAUAUCUCAUUGCUCAAGGCUUGGCUUUUCGUGGCCAUGAUGAAAGUUCAACUUCACUGAAUAAGGGUAACUUCCAUGAGAUGGUAGAUUGGCUUAAAGCUAGAGAUGAGAAAGUGAGGAAUGCUUUUGGCCAUGGUAGUAGAAACUGCAAGAUGCUUGCUGCUGAAAUUCAAGAAGAUCUUGCAAAGUGUUGCGCAGAAGAGGUCACCAAAGCGAUCAUGAGAGAAAUUGGUGAUAAGAAAUUCUCUGUACUUAUCGAUGAGUCAUGUGAUAUAUCUGUCAAAGAGAAAUGCGGUGAUGUUGAG